CCCAUAUUUUUGCUUCCGAUGGCUGUCGACGCAAAAACAGCUAUUUCCGACAUCCCCGCAUUGUAUUGUACUAUACAUGGCUCACAAUCUUAUCGCAUUUCAGUCAUUGACAGUUCAUCGCAGUGGAGCAUCAAUCUUAAUGCAGCCGCAAUCCUUAAAGAGCGCGUUUAUCUGACAGUUCGGACCUGCAAGAGCUAUGAAUAUCUACACAAGUACCGGGAGGGUUCUCUAUCCUAGCUGUAUAUUAACCAGUGCCCUCUCGCAUGGCCAUCUUUCUCUAUCGCCAUGUCCUUUGCGCUCGAAGUCGAUUCGGCUCGCGAUCCGUCCACAACACGAUCAGGGAACGUAACCAUCUCGCAUCCCCAUGUCGAUGCGAUACCUGAACUCAAAGAGGAGCCUCUGAAAUGGACUCCAUCCAAGGCGGAAUUAUUGGGAUCUUAUAUGUCAAUAGCCGGUGCCGCAUGUGGAUUUAUUUCGGAUGGUUACCAGAAUAACCUAAUGACCAUGGCCAAUGUCGCGUUCAAGAAGUUGUAUCCUAGCCAGUAUACUUCCAAGGUGUCCACUCGAGUGUCCAACUCUUUGCUAGUGGGUGAUGUUCUUGGGCAGCUCUUCGUCGGGGUCCUUUGCGAUCGAGUAGGACGGAAAGCCGGUCUCGUGUUCACAACAGUUCUGAUAGUACUCGGUGCAACCUUGGCCACUGCAGCACACGCCGUGCAUGGCAACGUUCGGAGCCUAUUCUGGUGGCUGACGGUGGCCAGAGGCAUUAUUGGAUUCGGCACUGGAGGGGAAUAUCCUGCCUCGUCCACGGCCGCAAGUGAAUCAGCCAACGAGUCUAUGCUCAGCAAUAGAGGGCCAGUGUUCCUGAUUGUUACAAAUGGUGUCCUCAGCUUCGGCGGGCCACUGGCAGUGUCCGUAUUUCUGAUCGUCUUAUCAGCAGCCGGCGAGAACCAUCUGAAUACCGUCUGGCGUGUAUGUUUCGGCAUUGGCAUCGUGCUACCUAUGGCCGUGUUCUAUUUUCGGAUGCGUAUGAUGACUCCGAAGUUGUACCGCAAAGGAGCGAUUAAGCGCCGCGUCCCAUAUUGGCUUGCCUUCAAGAGGUAUUGGAAGACACUGAUUGGUACGGGCGGUGCCUGGUUCGUCUAUGAUUUCGUAUUCUUCCCUAAUACGGUGUUUUCUGGCACCAUCAUAUCAACGAUCAUAAAAACCGGAAACAUCAAGGCAACCGCUGAAUGGCAACUGCUUCUAUUAACGAUAGCUUUACCAGGCGUUUGGAUUGGCAUACUCCUUUGCAACCCACUGGGAAGACGUAACACGUUAAUGCUUGGGUACGGCGGGUUCAUUGUCUUCGGUCUCAUAAUCGGCAUCGGCUACACCAAGCUCCUGCGGAUCAUUCCGCUCUUCAUUGUACUCUACGGAUUGAUGCAUUCGUUGGGCAGCUUGGGUCCAGGCAAUCUGAAUGGCCUCGUUAGCGCGGAAGCGUACCCUACUCCUAUACGGGGCACAUUCUACGGUCUGUCAGCCGCGAUUGGUAAAACAGGUGCCGCUAUAGGUACUGAAGUCUUCCAACCAAUACGGGAACAUCUAGGACAAAGGUGGACGUUCAUCGUUGCUGCGAUCUGCGGCAUCCUCGGGAUCGUGAUCACCUAUUUCUUGGUGCCCGACAUGACGGGCGUGGAUCUUGCUCAUGAGGACCAGAAAUUCCUCCAAUAUCUCGCUGACAACGGAUGGGAGGGACAGAUAGGCGACGAGGAUGAUGUUGAACUCGUAGAAACUGAAAAGGCCAGCUGUGUCGAGAAGGAGAAAAGUGGAUGAGAUGUGGCGUCUUUUUCUGUUUGUGAUUGGGAUGAAUCAGAGUUGUGCGGAGGGGUUCUAGGCAGGAACAAAUGUGUGCUUGGAGUCGACAUCAACAACAGUCCGAUAAAGUGCAUCGCUGAGACCUAUAACAUGUAUAUACAACUAUGGCGACCUCACGGCCAUGAUUGCUAUGUAUUUUCUGGCUUGGCGCAUUUUCUCUUCUCAAUCCUGCCGGUUCUUGGGCAUCGCAUUUCCUGCCAGGACACAGGCUCCAUGGUUGCACCUGCUUCACUUGUCGCAAAUAUCACCCCGAGAUCGUUCCGAGCAGUGGUGACAUAGUAACUUCGGGCAUCGCCAAGCGAGAU